UCAAGGAACUUAAUUUGGCUAAUAUAAUAUUGAAAGUAAAAAGUGAAGAUAAACUUGCAGAAGGAAUAUUUUUAAAAUACCUAAUUCUAGAUUAUUCGGAGGAAGAAAUUAACAAAAAAGUAGAAGGAACAAUAGGAUUUUAUAAAAGAAUAAAAGAUAAAGAAGAGAUUAACUGA